AUGAUGUUGUCAAGUGAAAGAAGUAGGUGGACACUCGAGUUGGCAGAAGAAAGUCAGAAUGAAAUUGAAGUGCCAAACGUAGAUUAUUCAAUAAGUUCCAGUUUUGAACAAACAAACGAGAGCGACAGCAGUGAAAUGAGUGAAAUCGAUGGGAGACGUAUUUAUUGUUCAGGCCGUGACCUUCAUACGAUUAAUUCAGAUGUUUUUGCCUAUCCUGAUAUAUCCUAUUUAGAAUUAAGUCCAACACGGGAAGCUUCUCUUGAUUUUAAAUUAAAUGAAUUACCACGAUCUAUUGGCCGUCUCGCUGAAUUACGUUUUCUUAUAUUGGAUACGAAUGCUCUUCGUAAAUUACCCAAUGAGCUUUGUCAAUUACGUGAAUUACUUGUACUUGUUCUCUCGAACAAUAAUCUAGAUGCUUUACCGGAUACAAUAGGCUAUAUGGAGCAACUUGAAAGUAUUCAUCUAGCUAAUAAUCGUUUACGCGAACUUCCAGAAUCAUUUUUUCAUUUGAAAAAUUUAACAUUCCUUGAUUUAUCAAGUAAUAAAUUAGGCCAAUUAUCCGAUAGUAUUAGUGAACUUACAGAAUUACGCUCACUUUUACUCUUUGAUAAUCGUUUGCGUCGUCUACCAGAUUCGAUUGGUAUGUUGAAAUGUUUAACAACUCUUUGGCUUGGACGAAAUCGAUUACGUACAAUUCCCCGUACGUUAACGACAUUAAGACAACUCGAUUGGAGAAAGAACUACCUAUCGACAAUAUUAGAUGAAAAUCCAUUAAUAAAUCCACCACUUUCUGUUUGUCGAUUAGGUUUUGCUGCGAUUGAUAAAUGGCAUCAACAGAAUGUAAAUGUAGGCCUUCUCAAUCUUGAUGACGUUAAUAACAGCAAUGAUGAUCUGCAUUCGAAAGUUGAUCGAACAUCAAGUAGAUUUAAUUAA